CCCCGUCGCUGAUGUCGAGGUAGGCAACAUGCGAUGGAUCGAGUGCGGCUGGAGGAUGGAAGGCCGAUGCAUAUCUUCAUUGCUUCGCGCCCUCUCCGUCCUUGCUUACCUUGACCUUCCCAUCUCCUUCCGGUCUCCCAAUUCCCCUCUCAUAUCUCUCCUCUUGGUCGUCUCGUCGUGCGAGGCGCGUUUUAAACUUCCCAAAGUCAACGCCUCCGUCAGAUCCGCGCGUCUGACUAAACGAGCUCCUGCCGUAUUACCUUUCUGCCCGCUCCGAGUCGGGUUGUCCUUCGACCUACACGCCUAUUCACGACUAACAGCCUGUCCAAGGCCUUGACGGUCCUUGGCAGUCGUCUACUCUUGCUCGAAACCAAGAGCUCAGACAAAUGCAGCGAUCGCGUGGCUUUGCCAUCGCCGCCGCUGCAGCGCUCCUCCUUGGGGCGCUGCCGAUCGCGCUCGCCCAUGAACAUGGCGACGCCAUGGACAUGGAAAUGGCCGGCGAGAUGACAAACGCCCUCAACGCGACGAAUACCACCGCCCCGGCUGCUCAGUCUGGUUUCGAAUGGCAGGCCAGCUACGUUCGCUGGCACCCGCACGCGGGCUGGUUAUAUGCUCAUGGCACAAUCAUGACCAUUGCAUGGGCAGUUGUGAUGCCGCUUGCGAUCAUGCUCAGUGCCGCUCGGUCACGAUACCACCUCCCAGCACAGUUGCUGUUCCACAUCGUAAACGGCGUCGGCGUCUUCACCGGCUUCGUGUACAACCAUGCCACUCCCGACUUGUACGAGUGUAACUCUCAUCACCCCAUCGGCUGGGUCGUGACGGCGUUUACGAUCGCAUGGACCAUCAUGUCGUUGUUCGUCGGGUACAGCGAGCACAGGAGCAAGGGAAGCGCGACAGCAGCAGGGGUCAAUAUGGGCGUUUACGAUCGCUUCCGACGCUACCGCGACAGCGUCUCCACCAUGUCAACGCGAGGCUCCGGCUCAACAUCGCUGACAGGAUCUCGACCGCACAGCCAAGACUCGAGGGAGUACCAGCGCGCCGACUCCAUUCCCCUCGCCGACCCCGACUCAUUUGUCGACCACCACGAUUCUCGGGAGGAGAAGUACGGUCUGUUGGGCGACAACAAGGUCGAUCGAUUCGUUUCUCGCAGCGUGCAUCGCUUCUCUUCCGCCCGCGCAUCGCGCGUGGUGCGCUUCUGCCAGAUUGUGACGGAGAAGCUGCUCCUCCUGCUGGGCUUCCUGGGUUUCACCACGGGCAUUGUCGUGUACACCGGCCUCUUCACAGACAAGGAAAUCUUUUCUGGUUUGGCGCAUUGGAUCAAGGGCGCCAUCUUCUUCUGGUAUGGCCUUUUGACUCUCGGCCGAUGGAUGGGCGCGUUCACCGAAUUCGGCUGGGCGUGGAACAUCCGACCCAAUCACCCCACAGUGUCACGGUGGAAGUCGCGAGUGCCAUCCGCGGAGUUUGUCGAGUCGUUUGUCAUCUGGCUGUACGGCGCGAGCAAUGUAUUUCUCGAACAUCUCGGCGGCUGGGGCGAAGGGUGGUCAGCGCAAGAUUUCGAACACAUCAGUAUCACCCUGCUGUUUUUUGGCGGCGGGCUGAUGGGCAUGGCGGUCGAGUCGUCGGUGUUGCGCGAGUGCAUGAACACGACGGUGGAAUUGCAAAAGAGCAGUGAGGUCGCGGUGGCGGAAUCGCAAGCAGGGUCAUCCCGGUUCAUGAACGACGCUAGCGCCGCGGACGAGGAGCCGCAUGAGCUGUGGGCGCAUCCCAAGACGUACCGCGUCCCUCUCAACCCCAUGCCGGGCCUCGUCAUUUUGCUGCUCGGCCUCAUGAUGUCGGCGCAUCACCAGGAAAGUCACGUGAGUACAAUGCUUCACUCCCAAUGGGGCUCCCUCUUCGUCGGCUUCGCCAUGGCCCGCGCCGCAACCUACAUCACCCUCUGCAUCAAGCCGCCGACGUCGCACUUCGCCGCGCGCCCGCCCAGCGAGCUCGUCGCCUCCUUCUGCCUCAUAGCCGGCGGCAUCAUGUUCAUGAUCAGCGCGCACGACGUCGUGACCGGCAUCGAGGCCAACGGCUUCGAUGCGAUGGCCGUCUUCACCGUCACGAUGGGCCUGACGGGCCUCAUUAUGGCGUGGGAGGUGCUGCUGUAUGCCGUCAAGGGCUGGGCGGUGCGCAAGGAGCGCGCGGCUGCCGGUGCUGAGGCUUCGUCUUGAAGUCGGGCGAGGUUGCGUCCCUGCCCUCCUCUUGGUUCUUAGUCACGAUGGUCCUUUCGCAGAGGACACGCUCGCAAUGGACAUUCAUGAAUUUUCUUGACGAUCACUUGGGCUGAUAGACGCACGGAUCUGGCGCCGUCCUGGCGAGGCUGCUUUUCGCGUUAUACCCCCUCUGCUUUUAAUAGCAAAAAAUUCGUAAUUCAUAGAAACGAUAAAAUAAUACUGUCACACGAG